AUGGGCUUCGUUUUCGGAGUGGUGGUCGGAGUUAUCGUGGGCCUGGGCAUCAUAGUGGGCUUCGUCCGCUGCGAGAAUGCUCGAGCCGCCCAGCGCUCCCAGCUUGCCACCACCAUCGCCGCCUUCGCCAGGAUGACCGUCGAAGAUUCUAGAAAGAUCUUGCCGCCUCAGUUCUACCCUUCCUGGUUGAUUUGGCUUAACUCGCAUCUCACCAAGAUCUGGCCCUAUGUUAAUGAGGCUGCUUCUGAGCUCAUAAAGACGUCGGUGGAACCCAUUCUGGAACAAUAUAGACCUGUGGUUUUGGCUUCUCUCAAGUUUUCCAAGCUUACACUUGGUACUGUGGCGCCACAGUUCACAGGUCCGUUCGAUCCAAUUGCUUUGGAUUUUUGGCAAUCCGUUUUUCCUUUGGUGCAAUUGCUGGGUUUGACUGUAGGGGAACUGGCUUGCAGUGCUGAGUGGAUGGAAAUGUGCCCCACCAAGAGGCAUGCCCUUAAACACUUCUCUUCACUUGAAUUGAAUCCUAACAAGUUCAAACUUGUGGUUAUUUGUGUAUCUAUAAUUGAGGAUGGAGGGGAUGGUGUUACAAUGGAGCUAGAAAUGCAAUGGGAUGGGAAUCCAAGUAUUAUACUUGAUAUUAAAACUCUUCUUGGUGUUGCACUACCAGUGCAGGUAAAAAAUAUUGGAUUUACAGGUGUUUUUAGAUUGAUCUUUAAGCCUCUAGUCGAUGAAUUUCCUGGUUUUGGAGCUGUUAGCUAUUCAUUAAGGCAGAAGAAAAAGUUGGAUUUUACUCUCAAAGUCAUUGGCGGCGACAUAUCAGCAAUCCCUGGAUUGUAUGAUGCAAUUGAGGGGGCAAUUCGUGAUGCUAUUGAAGAUUCUAUUACAUGGCCUGUGAGAAAAGUUGUACCCAUCUUGCCUGGAGAUUACAGUGAUUUGGAGUUGAAGCCUAUGGGUAUAUUAGAAGUAAAGCUUGUGCAAGCAAAGGAAUUAACAAACAAGGAUAUCAUUGGAAAAUCAGAUCCAUAUGCUGUAAUAUACAUACGGCCUCUACGCGACAGAAUGAAGAAAAGCAAGACAAUUAACAAUGAUUUGAAUCCAAUUUGGAAUGAACACUUUGAAUUUAUUGUUGAAGAUGUGUCCACUCAGAACGUAAUUGUUAAAGUUUAUGAUUCUGAGGGUUUACAGUCGUCUGAAUUGAUUGGAUGUGCUCAGCUUCGACUUAGUGAACUUCAACCUGGUAAAGUCAAGGAUGUUUGGUUGAAGUUGGUCAAGGAUCUGGAGAUCCAAAGGGAUAACAAGAACAGAGGGCAGGUACAUUUGGAGCUCUUGUACUGUCCAUUUGGCAUGGAGAAUACUUUUACAAACCCAUUUGCUCCCAACUUCUCAAUGACAUCUUUGGAAAAGGUUCUUAAAAAUGCAACGAACGGAAUAGAGUCUAAUGGAAAUGAAAAUGCAGUUACCCAAAAGAAAAGGGAGGUUAUUAUUAGAGGAGUCCUUUCUGUUACUGUAAUAUCCGCCGAAGACUUGCCUGCAACAGAUUUCAUGGGAAAAUCUGAUCCUUUUGUUGUUCUUACCUUGAAGAAAGCAGAAACAAAAAAUAAAACCAGGGUUGUGAAUGACAGCUUGAAUCCAGUUUGGAAUCAAACAUUUGACUUUGUUGUGGAGGAUGGGUUACAUGAUAUGCUAAUUGUUGAAGUUUGGGACCACGACACAUUUGGAAAGGAUUACAUGGGGAGGUGCAUAUUGACGCUCACUAGGGUAAUACUGGAAGGGGAGUACAAAGAACGCUUUAAGCUAGAUGGUGCCAAAUCUGGGUAUUUGAAUUUGCAUCUCAAGUGGAUGCCGCAGCCAAUUUUCCGUGAUGCCUAA